CUAGAAAAACUCAUCGUAGAAUAUUAGAGGGCAUGCUUGUUUGAGUAGAUUAAGUGAUGGGUCUUCAUUGGAUUUGUUGUUGACGGGCUUGAUUUAAGCUGAUUUUUCUCAUUAAAUGAACUCUCUCUUUCAGAAAAAAAGUUGCAAUUCUUGUAUGGUUCAUGAAGAUGCAGGUGGGUCUAAUGUGAAAGUACUGUGUUUUUGUGGUUCAACUUUGUGGGUGAUCAUUGGUGGGUUUUGGUUUAUGGUAGUGAAGAAAAGUUUAGCUUAUGUCAUGUGGGUGUUGUGAUUUUGGUCGGUGGGUAAUUGCAAAAUUGGUGAAAAUAUGGACAGGGGAUGAGUCUGUGUUGGUUGAGGACAGAGUGUAUGAAGGAUGAAUAUCCAUUAAUAUAGCUUCAUGCACUUGCCCCUUUUCUAGUUACUCUUCUUCAAAGCUCUUAUGGUUUUUGUUGGGAAUAUCUUGAACUGGAAUUCUAGGGUUUACAUGUUUAUCUUGUGUCUGUUAUUGCUUUGAAUUGAAAGUUUCUCUGACUUCAUUAUACAAAGUUUUGAGCCUCAUGGAUGGCAAAGGGUACCAUAACACUCAUAUUUGGAGCAGUGAGAAAAUUUCUUAAGUUCAAUUUGUUUGAUGUUAUGAUUUAUGGCACAUGGGAUUUGGAGUAAAUCAGUGGAAGUCUACUGACUGAGAUUGGGUGGCAUCUUAAUGCUUUUCUUUGUUCUUAAUUGAACUGCCAUCAGAGUCUUCAAUAUCUGUUACAAGUUCUAAUUAGUUAUAGAAGCCAAGCAGCAUUGGCAUCAUAUUUUGGAAAAUCCUGAUGAGCUACAGUCGUUAGAAUAACAAAGGUUGGAACAACUGAGUGGUCCGUUAAGACAGAACAUUUUGCAAGAAAAAUUUGUUGGUACGUCUUCAAGCUGUUGGUUUUCAUUGUUUGCAACAGAUCUAAGAAUUGGUGUUACGUGCUAUUACACAAUGCAAACAUCUCAGAAAAAUAGAAUCUCAGAUGGGUCUAUUAAGUUGUUUAACCAGCAUGUGAAAGAAGUGGAGAGGUAUAUCUGGCCUUUGACUCAAAACAAAGACCAUCAGACAAGCUCAGAUGAUGGCAGCAAUGGAGUGCACAAUUCCACUCAGACUUUUCAGCAGUACUGCACGCUUGAAUCAUCCUCUGGUUACACUGCUCACAAUUCACCUUCCACUGCCAGUUUUUCACCUGAGAGAAGUCAAAUUUCACAGCCAAAUUCUCAAUCUUACCAGUCAGAACCACACCAUUCUCCUGAUAAUGUGUACAGCUCGCCAGUAAGUGGAUCUUGUGUUACAGAUAACGAGAGCAACCUGAGGCACAUUCUAAGAGAAUUGGAAACUGCUAUGCUAGGACCUGAUUUAGAUAAUUUUGAUAUAGGUCUGGCAGCAUCUCCAGGACCUGACACAAACUCAUUUGAGGUUGAGAAGUGGAAUAUGAUGGAGAUUAUCUCUAGAGGGGACUUGAAAGAAGUACUUUAUGCUUGUGCGAAGGCUAUUGAAAAUAAUGAUAUGAUCAUGACUGAAUGGUUGAUGACGGAGUUACGAAAGAUGGUGUCAGUUUUUGGUGAGCCAGUUCAACGUCUGGGAGCCUACAUGUUGGAAGGGCUUGUUGCAAGACUGGCAUCUUCAGGAAGUUCUAUUUACAAAGCCCUCAAAUGCAAAGAGCCUUCUAGUGUUGAACUCCUUUCCUAUAUGCAUUUACUAUACGAAGUUUGCCCAUACUUUAAGUUUGGGUAUUUGUCUGCAAAUGGAGCUAUUGCUGAAGCUGUGAAGAAUGAAAGCAAUGUGCAUAUAAUUGAUUUCCAAAUUGCACAAGGGACUCAAUGGAUUACCCUAAUCCAGGCUCUUGCUUCUCGCCCUGGAGGGCCUCCCCGGCUUCGAAUUACAGGCAUUGAUGAUUCAACAUCAGCUUAUGCCCGGGCUGGAGGACUUGAAUUGGUGGGGCUUAGACUAUCAAGACUUGCUGAGUCAUGCAAGGUGCCCUUUGAAUUCCAUGCGGCUGCAAUUUCUGGCACUGAGGUUCAACUUGAAGAUCUUGGAGUUCAACCUGGUGAAGCAAUUGCUGUAAACUUCGCAUUGAUGCUGCACCAUAUGCCCGAUGAAAGUGUAGGCACCCAAAAUCACCGGGACAGGCUGUUGAGGAUGGUAAAGGGUUUGUCUCCCAAGGUAGUAACUCUUGUUGAGGAAGAAGCCAAUACUAAUACUGCUCUGUUCUUGCCCCGUUUCGUGGAAACAAUGAACCACUAUUUACCCAUCUUUGAAUCGAUGGAUGUUUCCCUCCCAAGGGAGCACAAGGAGCGCAUAAGUGUUGAACAGCACUGUCUGGCCCGGGAAAUUGUGAAUGUUAUAGCAUGUGAAGGGGCUGAGAGAGUGGAGCGGCACGAAUACCUUGGCAAGUGGCAUGCUCGGUUUCUUAUGGCUGGCUUUACUCCCCAUCCAUUGAGCCAUUAUGUGAAUGCUACGAUUAAAAUGCUGCUGGAAAACUACUCUGAGAAGUACACACUUGAAGAGAGAGAUGGAGCUCUCUUCCUUGGCUGGAAUAAUCAACCUCUCAUCACUUCCUGUGCGUGGAGAUAACUGUUCGAGAUGCUGUUAGAUGCAUUCUGCAAAUUCUUGGACAAGAGCCCAAGUUAGAAUCAUUCUGCAAAUCUUAAAUGUAAUUCUCUUUCUUAAUUAGUUUAACUGCAUUACAAAUGUCGUAAGAUCGUGAUCAUGUAGAAAUGAAUCAGUUUUCUUUCCAUUGUACAAGUAGUUGAUUCGGGAAGUAAUUUUCAAGGACUGUUAGUCGAUAAUCUUGCUGGGUGCAUUAGAUGUUAUUGAUCAUUACUAGUGUGAUACACCUAUGUAAAUUGCAGAAGAUCUUUUACAUGUACAGAUACAAUCUCAGGUGAAGAUCUUGAGAUCUUUGAUGUAAUCAAAAUUUUCCGGCAAUUAAUCCUCCAAACUAGUGCAA